AUGGCUGCCCCAACAAAUGUGGCGGACGGCCUUUUCAAAGCCGCCAAUGCAUGGCAGGUCUCGACAGACUUGGCCUGGCACAACACGGAAGUCGCGCCUGACGAGCUGGUUUACAAAUCCUUGCCGCACGUGGACAGUGUUGACAUCUUCGUCAGCCACUCCUGGGACUGCUCUUCGUGGAUGAAAUACCUGGCGCUGUGCCAGUUUCUGAACUUUAACAUGGCCGCCAACUCGGCGGUCUUGGCUUGGAUCUCGACGGCGCUGUUUUUGCUCCUUCGGGCAGGUGGCGUGAUUGAGUUGGCAGUUUCAAUGGCCGGGACCAACUUCUUGACCUAUUCCUUGGUGUACUUUCCGAUGGCGGUGUUCUGCCUGGUGUAUUUCUUUGGGCACACGCUUUGUCGGAAGACAUUCUGGUUUGAUCGCAUCUGCGUGAACCAGACAGACUUGGAGUUGAAAGCAAAAGCGCUGGAUGCUCUGCCACACUUCGUGGCGAACUCAAGUGAGAUGCUUAUCUUGCUUGAUGAGAAGUAUUUGGAGCGCUUGUGGUGCAACUACGAAAUCGCCAUCUUUUCCCGAAGGUCGCGCGGACCACAGUCCAUGCACUUUAUGCCUCUCUGGCUGCCCAUCUGGAUUUUGUCCACUGUUGCCAUUGAUUUCCUGGGCGUUCUGGCACUUACGGUGUGUAUGCCUACCGGCUCAGCCGGGGUCGAUCCUCCCGAGUCUGAGGCUGAUACUCGGCUGGGGUUCUUCCUGUUGACGUUUGAAGCAUGGACUGCUCCUGGCUUGGUGUAUGCCUUCUCUGUUAUUUUCAGCUUCGUGGUGCAUUAUCGGAGACUGCAGUUUCACAACACUCUGUUGGAUCGGAUGGCUUCCUUCGACUUUCGCGAUGCCAAGUGCAAGUUGGAAAGUGACAGGGCUCUCAUCGAGUCACAAAUUGUUCACCUCUUCGAUGAAGCGUAUGAGCCGCCUCUGCGGGUUGCCAUCGAUGUGCCGGAGGACGUUCACCCGACAACUGAGGCAGACAUGCCCCUCAUCUCGCAGGAAGUCAUGCACGCCAUCCGACCUAUUACGAGCUAUCCCAGUGAAGAAGAGGUCCUGCAGCAAUUCAAUGCAUAUGUACGUGGUCCGAUGCGAGAAAACCUUCUCAAUGCGAUUGGGAGUGAGGUUGACAUCCCCUGGAAGCUUUGUGCAGUUUCUUUCCUGCCUUUGACCUUUGACGCGCUGGCAGUCACCUUGGGCUGUGAAGGCCAACCAUGUCACAUGUCUGCCAAGCACGAGGGGUAUGCUUCAAGUGCGACGUACGUCAUCAGCAACUUCUUGGGCUUUGCCAUUGAGUGCUUCCUUGGAUAUCCCAGCAUUCAUCCCAUUAUGCUGCGCGUUCUCCGAGUUUUCACAUCCAGCGUGGACCACCUAUCUCUACGGCUGGUGUUGGGGGCGCUCAGUGCAAUAACCGUAUACGUCUACGUCUUUAGCAGUGCAGCUGCAGUGAUCGGUUUUUUGAUGGUGAGUAUAACCAGAUUCUCACCUGCAUGGCUGGCUGCUGGCAUUGUUACUUUUACAAUUUUAACGGCUCAAUCGUGCAUGUUGUUCCUCAAAGGGAAAGUACAUCUGCCCAGCUGUAGAAUGCUGAGCUAG